CUGGCGUCCUGCAGAAAGCACCGCUAUCCUCUGCCGGCUUCCGUCAGAGAUUCUCUUUCGGUGCUUCCUCUCUGCAGUCGCCUGGCGUCGGUACGUAAGCGCUGACUGCUUUUUCUGAGAUAAUGAUGGAGAUGCUUUUACUCUGCACCGCGUGGUCAGGAUAAGACCAUUGAGAGAUCUCGGCGUUGGCCGAGAUCAAGAGGCUCAUCCUUAUCCUGCAAACUCAUAAGUUAAUGCAGUCAUGCCGGCAUACCUCCAGGAUGCCGGCUUAGCGUUAGUUUGACUCUACGAUGCCGGCAUACAGAAUCAUGCCGGCUUUGCCUCCGUCAUCUCGGUUAGAGUUGUGUCGCCAUGACCCUAACCGGGGUCAUCCCACCGACACUAGUUCCCGAAGCUGUUGCGGUUCGGCAGAGAAGUUUGUCGGGCCACGACAGUUUCCAUAGACAGACCACCAAAGCCUACUUGGGCUUAGCCGAGAAGGAUGCUGAGACAACCCCAGGUUCUCCUAGCCGAGAUCAAUUCAUUCCGACAUUCCGGGUCGGCGUGCUUAUCCAGCCCUCAGCCGAGAUUUUUUCUUCUCCAUAGCCGACAGUUGAAAACUUACUUCUGCCGAUAUAAAUGCCACCUGUGACUUGGAUAAAACACUUUUUUUAACUAACGGGAGGAUAAGGCAGGAGUUACUGCCAUUGCGUUUUUUUAGGCGAGCGCGUCGUCUCAUCGGACAAUAAAGCCGACAGAGCCAUUAAGGGAGGAAUUUCGGUUCCCACGCAGACACUUAUCCUCCCAGAUCUUGCGGGAUUCUCGGCGGCACGCCGCGCAGUAACCAAGCGUGCGCUUUGAUGGGAAUAACUGCGCCCAAAUCGUGCGCAAUCUUCCCGUUAGCCACUGAGGUAGUGGGCGCGGGGGAUUCGUGCCCCAUUACUGCGCUGCGGGUAUAAAAACAGGAGGAGGGCAUGGGUAAAAAACCCUUCAUCUUCCUCUGCCUUCUUGCUCCUCGCGCACUCCACCGCCACCUGCUAACUCCGAGCUUCUCCGCCGCUACGAUCCUUAGCUCUCCGCCACCGAGCUCGCCGCCGCAAGCUCUCUCGCGUUCGCUUGGGUCUCCGCUGCAAUUCCUUGCUCGCCCGAGCCUCGCGCGCUGAGCACCUUCGCCCCGAAAGAGCUAACCCUAGAUCUAAUCCCAAUCCAUGGCUUCUUCUUCUUGCAACCCCGCCGCCGUCGACCCUGUUGCUCAGCAGAUGGAAGAGAGGACGGGCUCGGAGCGAGCCAGCGGGGAGGGCUCCGACGUCUCCCCGGCGGACGUUGCGUGGCUCCGCCGUCCCGGCGGAUUCCAGGGGAUGUGGAGUGCCGGAUUCGCGGCGACUAGAUUUUACCGACCCCGGAGCCUGGUGAGCAUGUAGUGUUUCUCGCUCACUUCGAAUGCGACUUUGCUCUCUCGGCCAGCGACUUUCUUAGGAAUUUCUUAGACUUUUUCGGCCUCCAGCCACACCAUCUUCCGGCGAAUGCCAUCCUCACGCUCUCGGCAUUCGUCACUUGCUGUGAGGCAUAUAUCGGCCUCUGGCCUUCCGUAGACUUGUGGGCCAGGUACUUCAUGUUCUGGCCCCAAGUACUUCCCGACAAAGAAAAUCCCGGCGCCGCUAAGCCGAUAACCCAGUGCGGCACCGCCACCGUCAUACCUCGCCAGGGUUCGGUGUUUCCCCGGAUUCAAGGUCUUGAGUCUUAUAAAAAAUGGCUCAAGACCUUCUUCUACGUCAAGAACUCCUCCGAAGCCGACAAGAUCAACCUGCCGGGAUUUGUAGUUGGCUCGCCGGAGGAGAAGAAAAACUGGAUGUUCGAUCAGAAGGAGACCAACGCCGAGAUCAACGAAAUCCACGCUGGCAUCCUCGAGCUCAAGGAAGAGGGGAUGACGGACGAUGAUCUAUUGGCGACUUUUGUAUACUGGCAGCUGUGCCCGCUCCAGCGCCAGGUACACAAGAUGUGCUUCUACGGCGGUCAGUUCGAUUCGGACCGGGUGUCAACCGUCCGGCUUGACCAGGUUGAAGUUCGGCGCCGGGUUAAAGCAAUUGCGAAGACCAGCAUGCCGGAGCGCUGGAACUGGGGUAUGCCGGCAUACAGCCGGAAGCACCGUGCGCCCCCGAGGUUCGCCCGUCAAAGCAAUGAAGACGGGAAAUCCCUGGACAAACGGUUCGCGGCCCCGCGUAGGACCAUCGACCAUGAGGAUCCGGAUUCAAAUGACCACAUGCCGAUACCCCAUGCCGGCCCUCGUCGUGUCGAAUCCGACUCGGGCGAGCCUGCUGCCGAGGCAUUGGACGCAGGCGCCGCUGCGGCACCGGUCCAGGAGAAGCACGCAGUCUCGAAGCGUGCUGCCGAGAAAGAUCUUCCGCAUAAUGUGAAGCGGAAGAAAACUGCGGCACGUGGCCCCAAGCCUAAGCCCCUGAUCGCUAGGGCGGCUCUGAUGGCCAUGCAAUCUCAGACGUGCAUUGCGUUUGAGAUCCCGGCGGCUCCCUCAUCCCGUGCCGAGGCUACAAUCCCGGCCACGGGUGAGGCCGAAACUGCCGCUGAUCCGACAUCCCCUGCCCAGGAUGUCGGCCUAAGCAUCGACGCCACGGUCGUUUGCCAGACAAAGACUCCUGCAGUCGGAGCCUCGGCAACCGAGGCCGCUCCUUCCUCGGCUGUAGUCGAGACGUCGACGGAGCCGCAGGCCUCGGAGACGCCACGGCAGCCGGCAAUGGGUCCCCAGGAACCCCAAGGACCGCAGCCGACUCCGACACCACCUUCUUCUCCAUCGCAGCCAGAAACCGAUCGAGUUGCUGCCGCGCGGGCCAAGAAGGGUAAAGGUCCCGCCACUCCAGCAGGGUCGGCAGCUCCGGGUUCCACUGGCCCGCAGCCUUCCGGCAGGCAGCAAGGGGUUCCCCUCCGGACGACCAGCGGGCACAGCUGGGGGUCGCUGGGCCAGUUCGUGAUGGACUGGAAGAGCGCCGACCUCUACGAGGUGACCUCGGGCACCCUCGAGUCGGCGCGGCAAAGCCCCUUGGUGGGACCUCCACCGGCUGCAACUCCGGAGUCGGUGUCGGCCCGGAUGUAUGAAGCAAGGGUGGCCUUGUUUGAGACCAGCCGAGCUACCGAGCUCUGCAUGAACAAACGCACCGCAGCCUUCAAGGGGCUUCUGGCCAAAUAUAACAAGCUGGCGGCGGCGCACAAGUCUUUGAGGGCUGAUCGCGAGAGCCAGACCGGGGACAACGCUCAAGUAGCGGAGCUGCUGAAGCGCGUCGCCGAGGUCUAAGAUGAGAAGACUCGGCUGGCCGAGCAGCAUCAGAAAGAAAUAACCCGGCUGCAGGCGCAAAUUGCAGCGCAGGCUGAGGCGCACUAGACCGAGGUGAGUCAACUCACCUCGGCCCUCUCUUCCCAGGCCAAUGAGAAGGUCCUCCUGGAAAGCGAGGUGAAAAAUUGCAAGAGUCUAGUUGCCCAACUCGAGACCCGCGCCACUGCCGCCGAGUUGGAGGAUGCCGAGAAGACUGUUCAAGGUCAUCCGGCGCGAGCUCAUCAAAAUUGACAAUAUGCUGACGAAAUUCUUCCCCCAAUCCCUCGAGAGUGCCCAAGAGGCCGUGAGGGUGGCCCGCCGAAAAAGGGAUCCGGCAGCAGCAGCGGGGGUGCCGUAAGCAUUGCGAGCCGGGUCAAGCCACUCAAGUCAUUCGGCGUCAACAUGCUGAAUGUCGGCAUCCAGGCCUUUCGCGUGCUGUGGCCGGGAGAAGAAGCUCCGACGGACAUCCCGAAGCUGGCGAAGCGCUUGCUGGAGGUGGAGUCUCGCCUGAGUGAUUGGCAGGAGUUGGCCGCACGCAUCGGCGCCGACGAGGCCUUGUCGUUCGUAUUGUCUUGGUACGACGGCAUUAACCUCGACGUGCUGCAGUCGAUGCGUGUCGGCUCCCCCUACCUCACGAAUCCCGAGCUGGUCGCCAAGCGCAAGGAGCGGGCUUACUCCUUCAUCCAGUAUGCCGAUGUGCAUACGUUUGUGAAAGGCCAAAGCUCUGACGCCGAAGCCGAGAUGACCGACGGAGGCGAAGAAGUAGCGGAUGAGAAAGCUGCUGUGGAGUCGGCCUCCACCGCGACGGAUGCGCCGAGUUCUGGCGCCAACAACCCCUCCGUCUCUUCUUAGCUAAGUUAGAAAAAACUUUAGAAUUAUCAGAUCCCCGGAUUACCGGGUGCAAAUGUAACCAGAAUACUUUUGUUUGCCAGGCACUAUGU